AGGAGGACCGAGUUAAGGAGUGCGUGUCGACCUAACGAACGCCACACACACACGGAAACUCACCCGCAGCUACUUCCGCCCACAUUAAAGAUGGCGGCUCCCUUCAUGGAGAAUUUAUCUGAAUAUUUAGGUUCGCCCGAACCGGCGGUUCGAUUGAUUUUGUCUAUCUUACUAGGUUAUCCCUUUGCACUAGUGUACCGGUGGUAUAUCUUUCAUCAGUCUGCGACGUUCAUUCAUCUGUUCCACACAUUGACCGGGUUGGCGUUGGCCACGUUUAAUUUUGGGACUCGGGUCUUUCACUCGUUCUUAUGCAUAAUCAUUCAGUUCCUGUUUCUGAGGCUCAUGGGAAGGACAGUGACAUGUGUCCUAAGUAGCUUUACAUUUCAGAUGAUAUAUCUUUUGAUGGGUUAUUACUACACCGCUACAGAUGAGUAUGAUAUCAAAUGGACUAUGCCACACUGUGUCCUCACACUGAAACUCAUCGGUUUAUCACUUGAUUACUAUGACGGUGGAAAAGAUCCGUCCCAUUUGUCUAAAGAUCAGAAGUCAGCUGCCCUCAGUUCUCCACCAUCUUUGCUGGAGGUGUUCGGUUUCUCAUACUUCUAUGGAGGCUUCCUUGUGGGGCCUCAGUUCACACUACGAAACUACCAGAAACUGGUGUCCAGAGAGAUGACUGAUAACCCUGGUCAACCAUCCAACAGUGUGUUUCCAGCAGUGAAGAGAUUUUCCUUGGGUAUGAUCUUCCUGGCCAUCUUUACGAUAGGUGGUGCAUACUACUCAGAUAACUACUUCUUAACAGAUGAGUUUGAGGCUCAACCCUUCUGGUACAGGUGUGUGUAUAUGCUGGUGUGGGUCAAAAUAAACCUGUACAAAUACAUCAGCUGUUGGCUGAUCACGGAAGGUGUGUGUAUACUCGCUGGCCUGGGCUAUAAUGGGAUAAACGAAAAAGGGGAGCACCAAUGGGAUGCCUGCGCCAAUGUCAGGGUGCGGUUAUUUGAGACCACGCCUCUCUUUACGGGCACCAUCAACUCCUUCAACAUCAACACAAAUUCUUGGGUGGCAUGUCAUGUGUUUAAGAGGUUGAAGUUCUUGGGUAAUAAGCUCUUGUCUCAGAUGUUCACAUUGUUAUUCCUGGCGGUCUGGCACGGCUUGCACUCAGGGUACCUCAUCUGCUUCUCCAUGGAGUUCCUCAUUGUCAAUGUGGAGAAGCAGACUCAGGCUCUUGUGCGGGACAGUCCGGUGCUGACGUCUAUAGCUCAGGGCCCUCUGUAUCCAUUACUAUACGUAGUACAGCAGAUGAUUCACUGGCUUUUUAUGGGAUACUCACUAGUUCCAUUCUGCCUCUUCACUUACGACAAGUGGCUCAAGGUUUACUAUUCCGCAUACUUUUGUGGUCACAUCUUUUUCCUCACUGCCUUAUUAAUCCUGCCGUACCUCCGCAAGGUGUUUGUGCCCCGAAAAAGAGGCAGUGACAAAAAGGAGGAUUAAAAAUGGUAUCUCUGUUUGGAGCUGUCUAAGUUGACUGAAGUGAACUGUGACUUUUAAACAGCAACCGAUGAGGACAAAUUUUAAGGCCUUUAGUAAUAUUUACUAUAUACAUACAGCAAUGAUGUGUGUGUACAAAUGUUAAUCGUUUGGAGGAAAGUGUUGUGGUGGACUGUAAUGAAAAGGGUUUAAAGCUGCUGAAACGCAAGCAGUUUUAGGGUUCAAUAUUGGUUAAAUACGAUUUACUGAUAUUCGGUGGAUGAACAUACUGUAUAUGCUCAUGCCAUUGCACUCAUUACUCAGUAAUGAUCUCAUUUCCUGUUUCCUGUCUAAUCAGAGAAUUGGCUUCGGCGACAGCCAGGGUAACAUCUGCACUUUUCGAGGGGAUGCAGAGCAUGCCGUUAAAAGAUGGAAACAAAUGAGACCUUUUUUAUUUUCCAUUGCUUGAAGAACAUUAACACACCCACACAUACCACUAGAUUGACAAAAGACACUGAAAUGUGAGACACAAAAAUCUAUUUGUGUAAGUGUGAACAGUGAGCGAAUGCUGGGGAUUGCCUGGCAAUUAUAAAUGAAUGUUUUUCAUUUAUGUGACAGUUUUUGUUUUCUUGUGAUCAGGUAACUUUUGAUUGGGUUGCUUCUCUAUUUUUUUAAUGGGUUUUAUGGUAGCUGCAGUUUUGUUGCCUUUUUUUACAAAAGGUUACAUCCACAGUCACCCUGCCAUGUCAUACUCUCACUCCAUGUAACGCUGUAUGCCCGUCCAUCUUGUUUUCCCUCGUGCUCCUUUUUCUCAAGUCGAGUCUUUUUUUGCUGGAGAAAAAAGCAAAAAACAAAGGACCACAGAAAAGACAUUAAACACUAUUUACCAGAAUCCAACAGAAGAUAUGAGGGUAAAUUUGUGUCAGUAUUAUCAAGGGCAGAGUAUUAUUUAUUGAAAAUAAAAAGAAUUCCAGUUGGCA